CCUCAGCGCAUGACGAUAGGUGGCAGAGUUUGGGACAUUGAAGCUAACUCAAAGCGUAGAAGAAGAAUCUUCGUUGUAGCGGCAAUGAAAGGACAGCGUGCUACUUCCAAACAGAAGUAAAGUCUACCUUAGCUGCAACAACUUUAAAGUAAAGCGCGAGCAUAAAUCACAAUUAAGACGAGACUUGUAGGACUCCGCCUGGAACAUGGCUUUGGUUUGUGCAAUUUCUAAUGAAGUGCCAGAGCACCCGUGCGUCUCUCCGGUGUCCAACCAGGUGUUUGAACGGAGGCUGAUCGAGAAGUACAUCGCAGAGAAUGGGACGGACCCGAUGAACGGACAGCCGCUGUCCGAGGAGCAGCUCGUAGACAUCAAAGUGGCUCAUCCUAUUAGACCAAAGGCACCAUCGGCAACCAGUAUUCCUGCCAUUCUCAAGUCCCUUCAAGAUGAAUGGGAUGCUGUAAUGCUUCAUAGUUUCACCUUGCGGCAGCAGCUGCAGACUACUCGCCAAGAACUUUCACACGCCCUCUAUCAGCACGAUGCCGCCUGCAGAGUCAUUGCUCGACUCACCAAAGAGGUCACAGCUGCAAGAGAAGCUCUUGCCACGCUCAAACCCCAGGCCGGAUUGGUUGCCCCUCAGGCAGUGCCCGCCUCUCAGCCAGCUGCAGCAGGGGCUGGUGGAGAGCCUAUGGAGAUUAGUGAACAAGUGGGAAUGACUCCAGAAAUCAUCCAGAAGCUCCAAGACAAGGCUACUAUCCUCACUACAGAGAGAAAGAAGAGAGGCAAAACUGUCCCAGAGGAUCUGGUUAGAGCCGAGGAUCUUGGCAAAUACCGCCAAGUGGCCUCCCAUGCUGGUCUUCAUAGUGCCAGUGUGCCGGGUAUUCUGUCUCUGGAUCUGUGUCCCUCAGACACCAACAAAGUGCUCACCGGUGGAGCUGAUAAGAACGUGGUGGUGUUUGACAAGAACGAAGAGCAGAUCGUGGCAACGCUUAAGGGUCACACCAAGAAGGUUACCUCUGUCAUUUACCACCCAUCUCAGUCCGUGGUCUUCUCCGCCUCUCCAGACACCACCAUCCGUGUGUGGUCUGUCACCGGGGGCAACUGUGUGCAGGUGGUGCGUGCUCACGAGGGAGGCGUCACUGGUCUCUCUCUUCAUGCUACUGGAGACUACCUGCUCAGCUCCUCUGAGGAUCAGUACUGGGCCUUUUCUGAUAUCCAGACGGGCAGAGUCCUCACCAAAGUUACUGAUGAAAGUGCUGGCUGUGCUCUCACAUGCGCUCAGUUCCACCCUGAUGGUCUCAUUUUUGGCACUGGUACUGCGGACUCCCAGAUUAAGAUUUGGGAUCUGAAGGAGCGCACCAACGUGGCCAACUUCCCCGGUCACUCUGGACCUGUGACCUCCAUUGCUUUCUCUGAGAACGGAUACUAUCUGGCCACAGGUGCCCAGGACAGCUCUCUGAAACUGUGGGAUUUGAGGAAGCUGAAGAACUUCAAGACCAUUACUCUGGACAACAACUAUGAGGUGAAGUCCCUUGUGUUUGAUCAGAGUGGUACCUACCUGGCUGUAGGAGGGUCUGACAUCCGUGUCUACAUCUGCAAGCAGUGGUCUGAGGUCCUCAACUUCACCGACCAUACAGGAUUGGUGACUGGGGUGGCCUUUGGAGAGAAUGCCCGGUUCCUGACUUCUACAGCAAUGGACAGAAGCCUCAAAUUUUACAGUUUGUAAAAAAUAAAAGCAGAAAUGCAAGAUGAGGGGAGGAGGGCAACUAAGACAAGAACAGUCUGUGUCAGAGCUGCCGCUACCUCCGACACAUUCAUUAUCAGAAAAGGAAGAAAAAAAGAAAUCUGUGCUAACUUUGCAUCUUUUUUAGUGAGUCAGUCCUCAUAUCCAGUGAAGAAAUCUGUGAGAUUGUCAGCGAUUUGAAGCAGCAUGGUUAGUGCGACAUGUUUGUUGGCUUUAUGUGUUUGAAAUCUAAAUGAUGUAAAAUGACAUGAAAAGCCUCUAAGUUCCUUUCCUGUUUGCCAGCAAUUAUGAUUUUACUGUAGUAUUUUCUUUUUUUUGUGUAUGUAUGAAAGGAGAGGGGGUCUUUGGAAACUAUUAUUGCUUCUUAGUGUAGACCAGCUUCAUUAUAAUAUCGUUAGGGUAAGAUAAGAUACAUCUACAGUCAUGUACAGUGAGAUCAACAGGUGUAAGAAAUUGAUGUACUUCUGUGAAAAACCUUUGCCACAUUUCAUUUCCUGUUUUAUUGAUUCCAUUUAAACAUUUUUGUCUUUUGUUUUCCCCCUGGGUGUGUAUUUCUUAUUACCUGCUGUUUUACCUGUUGCACAUCUGCCCUUUUACAAUUAAAUAAAAUAUCUUUUGUAUUGCCAUA